AGAAGCAGAAGAUAUUACUACCUUGAUGAUUACAAUAUUGAAAUACUGCUAUAUUGACGACCGCCGUGGUCUUAUUGAAGACCGUGUUCCUCUUGAGAAUAUUGAAGACAAAAAGAUGCUUCCGAUACUCUCCAGAUCGUCACCGUCCAGCAGUAGUCGGGCGUUGCGAACGUACCUCGUCCCACACCGAUGGCACGCAUCAGCGGCGGCAGCAAAGCUGCAAGCAAUUAAGGCCACCGCUGAAGUUGUAUAUCCUUAACCCUGAGUGCUUGGUUAUCAUCCUUGGUGCUUCUUUGAAAAAACAAAAGAAGCACCAAACAAAGGAUGUCAUCACUGUACUCGAGGAAGGAGAUGCGAACGCGGUAGCUCCAAAGCAAAGAAUACUGACGGGUUUCGCCCGUUAGUCGCAUGUGAAAUCGAGCUUACACGUGGAGGCAACAAACCGGGAGCCCUUGGCGGCAUACUGGCUGCGUUUGAAAAGCACAAGGUAUCUAUGUAUGAUAUUUAAUAUGUUGUUCGUCGAGUAGGUGCCGGGGGUGCUCCACCAUGUGCAGGACCCACAACCUAGCCUAACCCUUGUGCCUGUGUUUCCUUCUCAAUCAAAAACGGGUUUAGAUCUCGACUCUUUUAUCGAGAGAAAAAUGGCACGCAGUAGCGGCUGCGUCUGCGGCGUUUCAACUAAUAUUUAAUAUGUCGCUGAUGUGUUAGUCUGAUCAUGUUGCUCACUUUAGAAAUAGCCCAGUCCUAUCCCGCUGGAUCAUGAUGUAAUUAUAUUAAGGUUGACUUAACGCAUGUCGAGAGUAAGUUGCACUCCUUCGCUCAUGAUGGGUUGGUUUUCUUAGCGGACUUCAAAGGCCGCGUCAGCGAUCCACACGUCGAGGCUGCUCUCAACGAAGUUAGCAAAGUUAGCGCGCGAGUCUUAAGGCAGUCUGGUCUUUAACAUUGAUUCACUGCGUAACUACUACUUGUAGUUCUUGUUGUUCAUAAAAACAGGUUAUACCUUGCUCUAGGCACCUUGUUCUUGCUGCACCUUGCUCUAGUGGUCAAGUUUAUGAGACACGUCCUCCCUGAGAUGUCAAGUUGUGGGGUCACCAACAGAUUGUAGAUGAGAUGGCGCGCUACGAUCCACACAGAAUGUACACGAGUGACGAAUGCAAGAAUUUCUGCAACAAUUUCAAUUCGAAAUACGGUUCCCUGCACUCGUGAACUGCGAAGAAAGACUCGUUCUCUGUUUGGAAUUCCUCGUCUUUCUUGUUUGACUGUGAUAGAGGAGUAGAUUGUAGGUGCUGUUAGAUCACUCCGUCGUAGCUCUUCGUCUUUUCACCGUUAGAGAUGGUUGUUGCCCGCCCUUCCGACGGUGCAACCACGUAGAUUGUGUUGGAUUGUAUCAUCACAAAGGCAGUAAGUGCGUUCGCCUCUUCCGUUUGGAUUCUCAUGCUUUCUUCCCAUCCAACACACAGGAGCUAAAUACUUUCGCACGGUUGCUGUCUAGCCCGCGCUACCUCUUGAGACAUUUUUUUAUUGAUAGAUAUAUAUCGUUCCACAUAUUUGAUAUCCAUACUGGCUUCACAUAUUGUCAACUACAUAACUUGCAGUUACUGAGUUACUCCGUUUACCUAGUUUUCAGAUCGUUUGUUGUUCUUCCUUAUUGAUUCGAUCUAGGCACGGUGUCGCGCAUAGAGUUCAUAGAGACGCGACCUCUGCGCGCCUCUUGAGACGUAGAUAUACUCACCAGCUGUGAGUAUAUUCUUUUAGGUGUCCUCUCGAGACCACGUUCCUUUCGGUACCGUCAACAGUUAGUCGCAUAUUCGCUACCACUCAUAUCACGACAUAGACUUUGCACACACAACCGAGCCCUAGAGACGAUUAGAUAGAGCGUUUAGGUUGACCUCCGCAACCUUGGUGUUUUUGGAUUGCCAAGUGACACGACCGCUUUCGACAUCUUCAAACGAUCGUGUAUCUCGAGAUUCCAUGACUAGGGAGUUAGGUCGACCUCUGCGGCCGUAUUUUGGGUAGUAUUUUUCCAGACGCAACUCUCUCUCGAAACGUUGCUAUUCUCUCAUUUUCUUGAUGCCUCUUGUUCGCCUGUGGUCCAACUGUCGAUCAGAGUCCUGUCUUGUGCUGAGAGAUUGAGGUUCGGGUAUACUCUUGGUUUUCUGUCUAGGUGAUCCCACGUUCUUUUCAGACCCUUGGAGGGCGAGUUACUUUCACUUCCCCAAGUGGUGGAGAAUAGGGCACAAGACAGUAGAAUAGCUAAGGUAAGACUAAAUGUUGUAUUUAUCACGAGAUGCCUCGUCGGGCGUUUGAUCCAAGGAGACACCGGUAUAGACUUGUAUCAGUUAAGAUCAAGGUUACUCAUUUAGUUGCUUAUCUUGGAGUUGCGUCUGAUCAUUCGUGGGAUAUUCUUGACCCACUACCGGGCCGAAUUACCCAUCGAUUGUUCAUUGACGGACAACGUUAUUAUUAUAGACACAUCCCUGGUCAUUACAGACACGUUAGUUUUCAACCGCGGAGUGAAGGUAUCGAAGUCCUCACAUAUUUACUUCUUAUAAAAGGACUUUCUCACGUUAGAGCUACGGUUGAACGAGUUUCCACUGGACACCGAUAUCGACACGUUUGCCUGACUAAUGAGUGUAUUCUUAGAGCUAAUUAGGUGAGGGGUUACGUAGACAAUAUGACGCAUCAAAUUAUCAAAGUAGAGACCACGUGUGAAGAAGCCAUAGGGUUUGUCCAGUUUACGGCUGCCCGCCCCGUGGAGUAUUCCGAAGAAGUUCGACGACGAGUAGGUAGAUUGCUUAAGUACAAAGCUCGACGUGUUGACGCCUCGGCGUGGGACCCAACCCCAGACACUCGUUCUCCUUGGGUCAGUGUUGUCGAAUUGACCCGUUAUUUGAACAACCGCAAUCGCGCAGGACGCCACUUUACCGUUGAAACUGUAUUAUCGUGUUUACUAGAAGAACUUCGUACCAAAUACCUCUGCACAUACUGGACUAGAUAUUGGCGUGGGGACGUUUGGGUACAGGAACUCAGUCACAUUGCUGUUUCUACUGGACACCACAACCGACGACGUACGAACUCGAACUAAGAGCUGGAGUGAUGUUUUUUAAAGAACUAAAAAAGGACUUGUUUGUAGUGACUGGGCUCCACGUGCUCUCGGAGCACUAUCAUAGUUUCAUUGAGAGUUCUAGUAGUGUUUCGGUCGACGUGUUAGAUGGGUUUAGUCAUACUGGCUACGUCCGAAACAACAAAUAUUAUUUAGUUUCAUAUUCUUCGGAUGUUACCGAUUGGAGAAAUUAUGAAUGGCACCAUGAGCCCCAAGCUAUCGUUCACGUAGAAGAUAUGCUGAUGUUGCUGGUUGAAUAUUUAGGACAAGAAUUCCAGGUAGAAGAAUUUACGGUAGAUAUUGUCGUUUGGGGAUCGUCUAUCUCGUACGAUGAGGUUGUUAUUACAAAGGAAGAACUCGAACAAGCUGUGGUUUUAAAAGUACACAACCAGUGUUAGUAGUUUCUCGUUGGGAGGUUUAGAAUAAGUCGUUUAGUUGAAGUAGUUGGUAACAAAGCAUAAAGAGAAGAGCCAGUAAAUACAACCGGGUAGCCGAUUUGGAAGAAGACGGAGUAAAGAAAGAAGUAACAAGAGUUACAUAGUACUAAGAGUAUCAAGAAGUAGUUUAACAAAAGCGGUUGAUAAUUGUAUCUAAGAGUUUCAUGUCCUUGCGCAAACCGAGCGCUAGAGAGUGAGCUCGCAUGCUCCCCGGACCGCAUUUCCCGACUGUUUGUUCCCCGAAACUUGGUCCGACCGCUUCGAUUGGAUUGGGCGGGACUGCAGUCGCUGGAUUUGGUUCUCAAGUAGUUACCGAGAGUGUCCGGCUUUUGAACACGGACUCUCGACGUCGGGUUCUGAACCUUGAGCCGGUUAUUGUUCCUCAGACGGAGUUUUCUCUCCGUAACCGGAUUUUGACGGCGGAAAUCAGUAGUACGCACAACAUCUUCCCGAUCCACUACGUUCUUGGUGGAGUACUUCGGACCCAAACACCUGUUCGAAUCGACCACGGUUCCGAGGAGACAACUGCGGCGGGAGCGCCUGGCACUAACGUUUUUGCAGGUGACGUUACCCUUUUUGAGACGUGGACCGGUGUUGGCACGUUAGACGGCGUGGUCGACUUUGAGCAUUACGUUCUUGAUAUUGACGAUUGGUGUUACACACCCCGGCCCUUGAAGAUUUCACUUUGGAGAAUUUUUGUCAGAGAUUUUCUCCGGGAAUUACCUUUAUUCCGGGUGGGCGGCAUCUUCGAGGACAUACGCGGACCCUCUGAUAGCGCUCUCUCGAAAGAUGAGUGCUGAUGAGGAAGACCCUCCUGGGCCUCCCGGAGACGUUAUUUCUCCGUGGACACCGGGCACCGUCUGGAAGCUCAGGAACCGACCGGUGUUCUUACAGAAAGCGGUUUACAGAGGGAAGUGCAACGUUUUCUUUGUCAGCUUGAACGACGGCGUUGCGGAACCCACAACCAAAUACGUUGGGUUUUCCCGUGCACAGAUCCGAGAUUGGAGCGAAUUUCUCGAUGAAAGUUCCGCGGACGAAUAUCGGCAUGUGAUUGGACGUGAGGUGCAAGACUACGACCUUCUCCGGAUCGGUGCUCCGAGUGGUUUCACCACUGCAGAUACGCCUGCGGGGAAAGACCUGCUCGCCAAGGGCAACCCUACCGGACGAACGAUCCUCCCGAGCGGGGACGUGCUGCUGACGUCGUUUCUGUACCCUACAUCAGAGGUCUUGGGAGACUCUCCUCAACCUGAGAGCGGGGUGCCUGACCACGAUACUGAUCUCGAUGAAGAUGUCCUGUUGGGCGACCCGAUGGGUAGCGACGUUACGGCUCCUUCCCAUAGUUGUUCGAUGGUGGGACCGGGAAACGGAAACCUUCUUCCUCAUGCUGCGAGUACCUCCCCUGGUCGCGAUGUGUUGAAUCCGCCGUCCUCGGCACCUUCGUCUGCAGGCCUUAGCAGUUCGUGGAACCCUAUUGUCGAUCCCCCGUCUGGAGAUCUUUUUGGAUCCGGUGGGUCCGGUGGUUCUAUUGCUUCUAGUUCGUCAACAGGUCCACUUGCCGCUCAUGCGUUGCACCCACCCAUUGGACACGAAAGUCGCGGGUUCUUUUCGCCUUCUUUCGAACCGGGAACGACAGCCAGCUCUAGUUCUAACGCAGCUGGCGGACCUCCGUCCAUUUUCGUUGGAACUGCCACUUUGGGUUCGUCGACCGGAAAUGUUCCCCGAGGGGUACCUCCAGUGGCCUUUGAUGGUGGCCCUUUCCCUCCUGGUUUCGGCAUCGUGCCGUUGCCUCCGAUUAGCGUGGUUGGUCCCUGUGGCGUUGACAACCCCGAUGUUGACAUGAGUGGUGGUGGUUCCCAGUCUGGCGAAAAUCUUGCUCUUGCGUCACCGGCUGUUUGCCUGAACCCGCCCUUGGUGACCCCGACUUCCCGAUUGCGGAGCAUCAGUGCUUGCAGUGCUGCAUACCGACCUCCAGCCCGUGAUAGAAGUCCCUACGGGAAAAGUGCGAUUGUUCGAUCAACGUCGGUGACUGGUCCUCCAAAAUUUUCCUCGUCGUCUUCUCCUCCCACGUGGGACCGGGUCCGUUACUUGGAGGAGCAACUCCGAGUCGCAGAACAUCAGCUGACGGACGUUCAUGCUCGCCUCUCCGAGUGCGUUGCGGCAAAGACCCGUGAAGAGACUACGGCUCUCCAGUUGAAGGAGGAACUGCGCGAGGCGGUUGGACGUCGAGACACCUUGAUAACGGAACGUGACUUGCUACGUUCACAGUGUGAGGCCGCGACGCAACUGUCGAGAGAAUGGGAGAGCACGAAACGGAGGCUGAACCAGAUGAACUUGGACCUCAGCCAACAGGUUGGAACGUUGCGGAAAGAGGAGCGCAUCCUUUCCGACACGGUUGCGUGCGGUACCCACCGGAUCAAGGUUUUGGAGGUAGAGCUUGCACGUGCGAACGAGGAGAUCGCGCGGGUCAGUGGGUUGAUUCCAACAGCUGAGGCGGAACGGGCACGGGCCCUAAAAGAGACCGACCUCCACGCAAAAGUCCAGGUAGCGGAAAGCGCUCGGUUGAAAAUUCAAGUUGAAUUGACGGAGACGAAACGCGACCUCUUGCUUGAGAGUGAGAAGAGCGCGGCCGCGCAGCAAGAGAUUGAAAACCUUCGCAGCGAACUCUUGCGACUUGCUCCACGCGGUUCUUCAACCCCGGAAGCGGAGUAUGAAGAAAUCGCUCGAGGCUUGAAAGAGCAAAUCCAGGCGGAAGAGACCCGUGGUCUCCAACAACGGGACCGUUUCAAAGAAGAACGUUUGAGCUGGGAAAGGUGCAUUGCCCAGAAAGACGCGUCUUUCGCUGCUCUCAAAGACGACCUUGCCGCUCGGUAUAAGGAGGCUUCACAGCGCUCUCGCGAGGCGUACGAGACCUCGUUGAAAGAGCGAGACCAACAGGUGAACCGACUUUCGAGCACGGACAGCGCCACUUCGGGCUCGCGUCGGCUGUUGGAACAACAACGCGAACGAAUUUCGUCAUUGGAAGCUCGAGCUAAAGAGGCUGAUGACUUGUGCGACGCGCUCAAGGUGAAACUGUCCACGCAACGCAAUGAGUACGAGGCCGAGGUCGGUCGGCUCAAGAUAGCGGUCGCAAAACUUGAAGCGAAGACUCUUUCGAGCGCUGGUGGCCUCCAUGGACCUCCUGGAUCUACCUCUCCUGGCGGUGAGGUUCCGGAGAAACCCGAGCUGCAGGCUGAACUUGAGAAAAUGCAACUGUUGUUGACGUCGUUAAAAGUAGAGAAAGACACCCUUUUGUCCUCGAAGGAUGGCAACGAGAAGCGGUUGCAAGAUCUUGCGAACAGUUUGUCGGAAGAAAUCAAAGGGUUGAAAGAAACUCACGAAACGCAGCUAACUGCUGCAACGGCCAACUCCGAUACGCAACAUCAAUUGAUUGAGACCCUCGAAGACCAAAUCCAGCAUGCCAACCGCAAGUGGACUGAGACGGUCGCGGCGUUAGGAAAAAUGAAAGAGAAAUGUUCUGCAGAGUCGCAUGAGGAGAUUCUCUCGGUUUCUUCACCGGUCGUUGCGACGGAGGAGGUUGACCUUUUGAAACAACAGGUUGAGACGGUGCGGGAUGAGCGUGACCAACUCCGCGCCCAAGUUUCUGCUCUCGAGCGGACGGUCUCUUCGGUUACUUCUCCUCCCCUCCCUGCUGGAGGUUCGGCUGUAGACCGAGAAUCGGAAGUUUUACGAUUGAAGACCGACCUGUUGGAGAGCGCCAAGAGAGAAGGACGGCUAAAGAUCCAACUUAAGGAGCAAGAAGCUGAUCAUCGCCGUAGUCUUUCGAAAACGCGAGCGUCUCUUCUGAGUUGCCCUCGGGAGCCUCCAGGACUCGAGAACGAACCUUGCACGACAGAGGCCUCGCCUCCGACGCCUUCACCGAAGAAAGACGACGGUUUAGAGACACAGUCACUUGUUGGUUCAGCUCCAGGAGGACCGCCGCAUUUUCCGGAUGCCGUCGCAUCUUGGGACCGUGCCUCGAAGUCGCGAAUUGCCUCUUCCGGUGCGGCGCCGGAUCGGCUCCUCUCCUCUGCUGGCUCCGGGUGGGCGCUGAGUGGUGCUGAAGAGCAUCCUGACAAUCGAGAUGGAGAUGGUCCUUGGACGACCGUCGGCCCUCGGCGAGGACUUGCUCCUGCGCCUCCGGCAGCUCGCAAACUCUCUUCCGUGAUGACGGGAACGGGACAGAACCGGUGGUCGGUUGGACCUGUCUUUCCACAAGGAAGCACUCCCUCGGUUCUCCGAACCUCGGCUGCGCCGGGUGGAUCUGGACACCCGACUUCGUCGACCCUUGCAUCGCCAUCGACUGGUCAGCAACAUCUGGUUCCGACACCUCCUGUUCCGGGUGCUUCGGUUGGAUGCGACCCCGCCGGAAGUUUUCCGGGGGCUGAUGAGCGUCACGGGGUUUUGCUAAAGGGAGUUGGUGAUGAGUUCCGACGUGCAGCUAAAGAGGCUGCCGCAGCUUCGGCGAAAGAGGCUGUUGAGGCCUUGCUUCCUGCGGUCCAAAUGUUGAACAAGAGGAUCGACUCGAUAACUGACAGCACCUCUGUUGAAACGGGGACCGGGGCUUCCAAGAAAGAAGACCGACGUGUGGUGCCGGCACUUAGCCCCGUUCGUGAGACCGACGGGUCGUCUGCGAGUGAUUCUUCGACCGAUAGUUCUGAUGAGGACCAACACCGGAGGACAAAGAAGAAGAAGAAACGCAAAAAUUACUCUAACCGAUUCGGUUGCAAGAUUCCGACAGGACAUAAACCUCUUCCACCACCUCCAGACGGCUGCUCUGAUUUUCCGACAGCCCAUUUGCCCCAUUUUGGGACAAAAGAUGAGAACAACCUGUCUCGCAGAGAGAAGCGAGAAGAACGCGCUGUUCUUCUGGAUCGCACCCGUGUUGGUGGUACAGGGGGAGAUGCGGCCGAUGGCAGCCACUCGUUGCCGGUGCCGGCUGCUGGAUCUUACUGUUCGGAUGAAACGGAACUCAGCCCUUUGAAACCUUACGUUGACCCGUUCCGUGGGUUCGAAGCCCGUCUCUGGACCCGAUUGCAGUCUGCCUCACGGCACGGGCGCAGCAACACAGGAGAGCAGGCCUCUCAGUACGACCGAGCUCGCAACGAGAUUCGCUAUCUUGCUAAGAUUCGGGACCGCCCCAAUUUGUCCGACCCGCAGAAAUUCUGUGGAGGAGUUGACUCUCCGCACCUGGAGACCCUUACUUGUGGUCGUGCUAUCCCGGUUAAGGAGGACACCGGCAGUGGGUCUGCCCCCAAUAGCACUUCAGAUAUGAAUCUCCUUUCAUCGCCCGCUUACUGCGUCGUCCGACCUGAGUCUUCCGCUGAGUGGGAUCGUCGGCGAGUAGCGUGCGUCGAGUCUGACUUGCCUCGCCGGUGGCCUCGGGGAUAUUGCUUGGCCUCGUUGCUCGGUGAAGCUUACACAGCCAGCUUCGAGGAGAACUUUUUGCGGAUGACGAGCGGUGCUGCAGCUACGGCACCUCCGCCGUUUGAGCAAAUUCAUGUCGCUGCUACGUCUGAUAGCUGGGGAAAACAUCAAUUGUACCUCGACCAGCUCCUCGAGAGGAUCCGAUUUUAUAGGUCGCACAAUUUCCGACUUGGGCUGAUCUCACAUUUGAAAUGCGACUCUCAAGAAGCCAAGUUUGCGUAUACUGAAGCCAUCCGGGUGAUUCCCUUUAAUGACACGACCCUCGAGCAGUAUCUCGUCUUCGAGACGGUGCUGGCGACUCGGUCCUUCAUCCAAUACGACGUUCUCUUGCAAGAAAUCCAGCAGGAGUUCUAUUUCGAGCUGGACACGCAAAAGAUGAUGGCCCGUACUGCAAUGGGCGAGUGGGCUGAUCAUUACACACAGACUGAGAAGAAACUUCGCAAUGUUGGCUACUUUUCGCGCGAUUACCGGUAUGGUAGCAACAUUUUCGAAGCUCGUACCGCCGUUUUCCAACCGGGGUUCAUCGUCAAUCUGGUUUCGCGCACUGUCCAGGCUUCCACGGAUGGUUGUUUGAAAACGGAGGGAUCCUUUCCGUCUGGCGGAUUCGUCGCGCCGGAUUUACGCGAGGAAGUCCAUAGCCUUUCAAUGAGCCGGGUUGUUCAGUGGUGCGUUAAUAACGCUGCUGUCACUCGCACAAUGGGACUGGCUACGCAUUACCUGCCGCCUAAAGGGCGAAAAGAUCGGUUGUUCCGGGGUGUCGAAACUGGCGAUCCAGAUGGUGUCUUCGAUGAGCCUAUCUGCCCGUACAAUCGCAUCAACCCUCAUGUUCACGGUUGGAAAGGGACGUCCCUCGACCUGCUCUGUACCGAAGUGUCUGCUAAGGAGGCGGACCUUUCGUUUCAGCUGCGUUUUGGUACUGAUUACGCUGCUGCUAAGAUAGCCGGUGCGUCUGACGUCGAUAUCCAUGCGAUGACGCUGGCGUCGGUAGACUCGGAAACGGAUUACCUUUUCAUACAACGCAUUGUGGAAACCCACCGUAGUGAGCUUGCUGCGAAAGGCAACGCGAAAGGGGUUCCGAAAGGAAAAGGGAAAAGCAAAGGUGCAAAAGGCGGCAAGCGUGGUCUGCCGCGGGAGUCUCCUAACGGGGUCGCAAAGGGCAGUGCAGAAAACCGCAAUCGUGCUUCUGCCCGACCGAGGCCGCCGGUUUCCCGUUGUGGUUCCACGUUGCACUCGUCGGCCGAUCACGACACUUCAGACGCCCUUUCUGGAUUUGGUCGAGCAGCGGGGACGGCUACGCUGUAUCAGGACCGCCAAUGCCCAGAUUGUAAAAUCUCGCAUUCAUAUUGGGUCCUCUCGUUUUCGGGUAGUGGUGGCGUCCAGUCCCUUUGUCCUACCGCGAUUCAGCUGUUGCGUGCACGGCACAACUCAAAACAUAACGGGAGCAACCUUUCGUGUGCGCGCAUUGCGGGUACCAGUUGCCCUGGGGAUGGUCUUGUUGUGCGUGCUGCGACUGUCGCGGCGGCUGGCGGAGCGAAAGCUUGGUUAGACGAAAGGCGCAACGAAACAGUAAAACAAAUCCUUCAAGAAAUCCAGCUUUACAGCAUAGCUCUCGAGCUUGCAAUGAAGGCCGCGUCUUCGCCGAACGUCGAAGGGUUGAAAGAACUUUGUGGGCCCGAAGACGGCGCUUCCGGGUUCGAGUGGUUGUUGUUCUAUGUCAUUGACUCCUACGGUGGAUGGGACGACCCAACGGUGUCUGCGGCUCCUGCUAACCUCGCGGCAGCAGCCGCUCUUUACUACGGCUACUCUCCUCUGCAGUAUUUUCCGCAAGCAACAGAUUCUGGACCUGCGUUCUCGUAUUCUGCGCCCGCAGGAAUGGAAGGUCCGGUAGGGUCUGUGCCCACAGAGACGUCCUGGUACCCAGGUGAGUCUGCCUGUCAGCCGUACUCGUUGUCUUGUUCGGCCGACCAAUUUCAGGCAGAAGAACCGACGGGAACUGGACCUGCUUUCCAACUUGGAGCCGGUUCUUGCUACUCUUCGGUUUCUGGAGCUCCGCAUUUUGGCGUCCAUGUCCCUGCCCCGAUCGCAACGUCCGAAAUCCCAAGUGCUCCCCUAAGCGGACUUGCCCCCAGCGAAGAACCGGUAGGAGAUGCAAUUGCUCGCUACCUCGGAACCGGUUACCUUUCGUACCGGGGUGGAUGUCCGACCCUCGAUCCUGCGCAUAUUACUCCACUUGAUCCGGCGAGUCCGCCGGUAGUACUUGCAGCCCAUUUGGGCCUUGUGAGUCCACCGUCCCAGGUCCAGGAACUCGAAGAAAGACAACCUCCGAUACCUCCCUUGCAUAAUACCCGGUUGGGCGACGUUGUUCAGGUCGAUGGGAUUGGUACUUUCGCGGUGCCUCCUGGCGGACCAAACGAAUACAUGAACGGCCUUAGCCUCUCUGAAGACAAUCCCGUUAUCGCGACUGUGCAAGCCGGUUCGGUGCUGUUAUACCGCCCUUUCCUUUCGGAGGAGUUUCUUGCCGAAACGGUUGGUCCGGAAAUUGGGAAUGAGCAACUUGGUGAGGACACCCCGUUCCCUGAGUUACCUCCGUUUCCAUCAGCAAGCGACCGGGUCGAAGACAACUUAUUCGACCUUCCACUUCGCGACCAUUCUGGUGCUGAAUCGGACACCGACGCGGUUGAAACACAUCUUGUGUCUAGAUUCCUUGCUGUUCGAGCCGUCGCGGCGCGAAGAGUUCGCCGGGCUCGCGACAAUCUCCGUGUGUCGCUUGCAGCGACAGAAACAGCAGAUGAGCUGGCACAACGACAGGUUGCCCCACAGGACGUCGCGUACUGUAUUUCGCUCCUUGGCUCUGUCUUGCCGGCGGUCACCGAUGAGGAUGGUUUCCGAGGAUUUGUGGUAGAAACAUGCGAGAUCUUUGCUGACCUUCUCGAUUUUCGCCGAUGGCGAACCUAUCGAGGGAGCGAUGGUGUUUUGUUGCAGCGGUUGCGGACGCGCUACAUCCACGCAAAAGUUGGCUGGCGGGUCCGUCUGCCUGAGUUGUUGCAGACGACACUCUGCUGUAACGAAGUCUUUGGGUACCUCUUUUGGUCCCGGCAGUUCUUGUUCACACAGUCAUUCGAGACGCGUAGGAGACAGGCGUGCUGGUUGCCGGUUUCACAGCACCUCUUCUCGGUAGGUGUGUUACCAGUCGCUCUUGCACACGCGAGAGACGCCCCGUACAUUUCUGGGUUGGAUUUGCCUGCGAGAACUUGGGAUUACGUCGUGCCGCGAUACACGCCGUUUUUCCAAGAAACGGUUUCUGGCCCGGUCCCUUCUCCGACCCAAUAUAACCCAGUUCUUCGACUUCAAGCCCAUCAGCCGUUGCACUUGAUAACAAAUUGCUCCAAGGUGAGGAAGGGAGCUGAACACGUUUGCGUGCAUCAGUUGUUGCCUAUUCGCACCAUAGAAGGACCGCUCGCCGAAGAGUCUUCCGCUUCGCGGUUGCAGAUCGACCCCUCCAUUUGUCCUCCGACCGCUACGCCUCUGGUCGUGUGGCGCCUUGAUAAUCGGACUUCUGAAAGUAAGCGUUUGGCGUCGAUAAUAGCAACGAAUGGCUCGCAUCGGAUCGUUGUUUUUACGACAAACACGACCCGCGGGCCGGUUACUGAAGUAGAGGAAUCUCUUGCUCACUCGUCGAGACCCGGAGCUGGGUUUGUUUUGGUUCGUGUAACCGAACACGAAUAUCGGAAUGCAACACUUCUCUGGAAGGCUCUCCUCACCCGCGUGUUCCCUCGGUUCGCACAAGAAACGGUUUUCAAACUCGGGCUUGACCCAAAACUCCGCGACGACCCCGUCCCGGCGCAGCGGGUGGUCACCGUGCCGACCAUCUGUUCCGAGCCUAGCGCUCGAAUCCUCCGACGUGGGGUGCGAUACCAUUUGAUCACGAACGACGGUCGGUUUGCCACAGAUGGCGUUCUCCUCAAAUUUCGACAACACGGUUAUUGUAUCAACGGGGUUACGGAAAUUGCCCGAGAACAAGGGGGCUAUCCGUUGGAAACGGUUCGCUUCGGUUCUUCGUGGCCGUUGGUGCUGUGGAAUGAAACGCAGGACCGACAUCCAGAGCACUUUAUUGCCGCUGCGUCGAAAACGCAUUUGCGCCAUGUACAUGAUUUGGUCGUUAUUUGCUCUGAAGGAUUCAUCCGACGGACCCCCGCUUGGUGGGCAAAGGCACAGACAAUUCGACUGCUGCCCCUUACCUCCCAUAAUCGGGCUUCAGUGUCCGGAGUCAGAUUUGGAGACUCAGCCAUGGUUCUAACAGAAACCCUUUUGACCAGUCCGUCUUUCCCGAUAACGGCUUGCAUUGCGACCUUCGUUGGGCCACCCGUUGAGGAUGAAACUCGAAUCCUACCCGUUAACGAAGCAGAGCCGUUUCUGCCGAUCCACGCGCGACGUGUCCUUCCUCUCACCGCCGCUGCUGUUCGCUGUUUGCCACCGCCUCCAACAAGUCCAGUCGAUAGAUAUUUACUCGACCCUUCGUCGCCAAAACUCGAACCGACACUCGUCCAACCUCCGUUAUCACCCGGCACUGCAGCUGUUUCAGUCAGUGAUGCACCUUCCGGCUGGUCACAAGUUUCUCCAUAUUAUAAUACUGAGGCGGAUAGCAGUCCUGGCUCCCGAUUCUCGUGGACUCGUCGCAUUCCUCGACGAGGCGAACCUGAAGGGCCUCCGCCUUCAGAUCCAAGUUCUGGUGCGCCGAACGAGUCCGCAGAUGAACUUGUUGCUGCACUGCAAGGGACGGACCAGGUUGCUGAGAAAGGAGGUAACGACAACCCUGACGUUAAUGUUGCUCAUCCUUCUGCCCCGGCGUACCCGGCUACAUUCACGACACAAGACAUUCCUCAAAAUGAUGGUGCCGAGGACGGAGACAAGGAUGUGUUCUUCGACGCUAAUAACUCGGCAGGAGGCCUUGAUAGAGCGCAAUUGCAUUCUUUAAUUGACGAUGCUUUCGCUAGUUUCACUACAACAACCGAUGCCCGAGGACCGGGGUUGCAAUUGCAACUUACCUCCGAUGCGAAAGAAGAUGUCUUUCAUGAUACCGAGAGAGACGAUAGUCCUUCACACGAGACCUCUGCUCCUGUACACAGCUCCGUGCCCCAAGGGACUGGAGCAAAAAGAAAUAGCAGCACCUUGCGCGAGGCCUCCGCAACCGCAGAACGCUUGCUGCUUUCGGAAACUGAAGAUGACUGUCCAACGCCAUCACAAACGAGUUUCGACUCUGCCACUAGUGUGCCCCGACCGGAUAAACGCGGCGUCUCGCUUUCUCGUUCGAGAUCGUAUGUUGUUGUUACAAACAGCCUCUCCGCGGCGCGGCAGGUCGACACUCUUGCCAAAGAAGGGAUCGUUGUCGAUGACGUUUUCCGACAACACACCGACAUGUACGAUUUGAAUAAAGUCCGACGACUUUUCGGAGAAGAAAGCAAUUGCAAGCAACCUUCGCGCGAACGUCGGUACCUUGUUCUUUGGGUUUUUGGGGACGCGGAUACGAAGGAUUUCCCUUUAAAAGCCGCAGAAGCGCUCCGAGAAUUUGACCACGACCUUUUCAUUGUGGCAAAGGGUGCUCAACCGACGCUCGACAGGUGGUUCGAAACAACCGAUCGUGUUUUGCCUGUCACCGUGAUCCCUACGCCUGAAGAUACCCGCAGCGACUUAAAGGGGCGUCGAAUUUGGGCUACUGCCCUUGCGUCCUCCGGACCUACGGAGCUCUAUUGGACAGAAGCAACAGGAAUCCGUCUUCCGAUAUCGGCUCUUGCCACCGUGCAACGGAACGCCCUUGCGGUCGGGAUACCAAAGAACGGCGUCACCGUCCUAGGGGGAACUCUUAAUCGACCGUAUGGCACUUCCGAUUAUUCGGUGAGAGUUUUGCCGCAAGAAGGGAUUUUGAUCCUUAAAGUCGAAGGAGGCAUUUCGGAAACCGACCUACGCUUCGCGUUCCCUGGCCUUGACCCUUCGGUUUGGACUUGCAUCACGGCGGCGCCGCACUAUAGCACAGCCCCUCCUCAUGAAGAUUCGCGUGCUGCAUAUCGGGAACACCUCCUCCGGUGUAUGCACUACGAGUCGUCGUCCAUUCAAAACGAAAUCAGACAAUUGCACCGACGAGUUCGCGAAAAGGAACGGGUUGCCGUGUCAGAUGCGAACUGCAGUCUGUAUGCCUUUUGGACGUUCCUCUGCCUGCUCUGGCACCUUGGAGGCGGUCUUUUGUUUGCAGCUGCCCGUUGCGAUUACUUAGAAAUGCUCUCCUCUGUCAUUUCGUUUUGCGCUGCAACAACCGUCGUUGCUAAAGACUUGCACCGGAAAACCCGGUUACGUCAGUUGCAGGAGUGCCUCCACGCUUCCGUGUACCGCGUUGGAGGCGUUCCUCAUGAGUUGCGCACAAAGAUCGGACUGCAUAAGCAAACCCAGCUCGCGCAAAAUCCAUUUGGGAAAACGGCGGACUUCGCGACGGAUCCACUUUGCAACCGAGUGUGGCUCAGUGUACCUUGCGGCCCGAAGAAAGACCAAGUAGUCGUGACGUUGGCUUUACUUGACAGUGGGUGCUUCGUGUCACUCUACUUGCUUGGACACUGUCUGGCAUCGGCAUAUUUCCUCGCGGCCUACGGGGUGCCGUUUGUCACAAUUGCGGGUAUUCACGAGCUCGCGAAUUUGGGAGCACCAGACAGGCCCCUCCGAGAGAUCCUCCGUUACGUUUACACUGAUGUACAUUUUGGCGGAUGGACGAUUGCGCAGAAGGGUUAUACGUGGUGGAAACUCGGGGGUGGCAGUCCGCGAGUCAGUGUGGCGCAGGGUGCAGCUCCGGGAGCUGGGCGGACCCUCAAAUCUGGAUGGGAUUUCGCGCAAAUGAACAAGGAUGGCCUUCCAAUUUGCCACCCUGCGAAGGCUCCAGAGAUGCAGGCGCGGGGGUUUGGGGCCAUGGUUGUUAGUUGGCUCUACCCUACUGAUUCAUACAUCAUCGGCCACCAAACCAUGGCCCGAGUUGGAUACAGUCUCCCACCGUCUGGACCUGGAGAAACCCUUGGUGCGUACCUUUUUACCCGCAUGUACCACGAAGCCACUGGACAAAUUGCUCCAUUGCUGGUCCCGCGGGCCCCAACAACGUCCCGCAAUAUCAAUUACUACGAGAUGUUCUGCCGACAAAAGGGCGUUGACGCGAAAGAUCGUAAAGCAGCAAGAGGAAAAAUCGAAGAAAUGACAAAAGUCAUCUCGCCGCCACAAACAGUCCAGAACUUCCAUCGACUUGUUGCCGACGUUGAAGUUGCUGCACAACUCUCGACGUCACCUCUGACUGACGGUGCUGCAGUUCCGGCGACAAAGGAGCCAGCUGAAGCGAGCUCUCACACUCGUGCAAACGGCCCCGCAGAAGAGAAACUUCCAUGUCCUGUUUCAGUUUUCGGGCAAUAUGUUGCUACCGACUUGCCGGAAGUCGAUGUCGCUAACCUUUGCAGAGCGACGUCCCUCCCUUCUCCACAUCUCGAAGUAGGAGCACAUUCUGCGUACGCAGCAUCUGUCGCCGAGUAUGCAUCUGCCGUUACCCGUGAUUUCGACGACGAGGAAGAAACGCCCUUCUUUUCUGAUGACGAUUUUUCGGACGAUAGCGAUGAGGAUGUGGAGACGCAAGCUUACCGUGCCGCGCUUGACACAAGUUCGCAACCGGGCAUAGACGAUCCAUUACGGCGACUUAUGUCGGACCAACAAAUCAAAUCUUGUAAUGAGUGGGUGCGCGACGCCGAACACACCCGCCGACUCCGUGCCACCUGGAAACCUCGUCUGCUUGCCGGCAGUGGAUGGACGAUGGUCGUCCUGAUUUUUUUGUUGAUUUUUUCGAUGGCCGUCGGGUUGGUCGAAUCACUAAGGCGCCCUCCGUCCUUCGUUUCGAACGCGGACCGACGAAAUAAACCAACGAAAACCAACCCUGAGCCGAAGGACCUCGGGUUGUGGGAAAACGACGUUCGUACCUCUGCACAAAUCGCUUCGUCGGUGCUGCGGUCCGACCGCACUGAAGGAGCCGCGCAGCAGGAUGCCGCAAAGGGCUACUUUCAAUGGCUCCUGUCGAGCCGCCUUCAGAGGUUUAUGCCUUGGGUUUUUAAUGUAACCCUUGCACGCCCGUUGCGAAUGUUCUUGGGAUGGAUGCCCUCUCCGCAAAUUUUCUGUGCAGGUACCCAGACAUUCUUCGGUCGCCUCCAAGAUCCCGGGUUGACAACCGACGAGAUCUGCGAUAUCUUUGGGCAGGUCGACCCUUCGCUCGCGGACGAUCCUGCCGUCCUCGCGCGGUUGUCAGACCUGGUUUCGGCUCACGCCCGCGGUGAAAACAGUACCCCGUUGUCGGUGCUGCAUGACGGUGAAAGUUCGUUCCUCACGGACAGUGACCCGGAUUUCGUUGUCCGCCAAUAUCGUCGAGCAGGACACCCGGACCUCGCACCCGUUUUACCGCCCGCUGGUGAUGUUCCUGACUUGCAGCCCGGCCUCUCUGAUUCCGAGGACGAAAAUAUUUCUGGUAGCGUUCGGGUCGAUGGACACAUCCCGGUUACCCCGUUAUUGGAAAUCAGCCCGUCGGGGGAUCCUAGUUCUGACUUCUCACCCACCGACGCCGGUUCGGAAACGACGGAAAGGGAACAAAGUUCAAGCUCGGCCCCGUGUGCCUCGCAGAACCGAGCGGUACAUCACACCCAAAGUGCCAGGGCAUCCCAACGUGAGGCAGCCGAGAAAAGGGUCAAGUUCCUCAACAUGAACAUACGCGGGGAGCAAUUCUUGAUACCGUACGUCGACGAUUUGAACUUCGUGUUCGUUUCCGCGUUGCAGUUGCUUUUCCGGCUCAUCCUUACCCUGGUGCGCAGUCUCCAAACCGGAUGUACGUUCAGCCUUAAAAAAUUGGUGAUAGCGCAAGUGGUGGACAUGCUAGGGUGGAGGAUCGACGUGCCACGGCGUUGCAGGGUAGUCGACCCGGACAAGGCUGCCGCGAUUCGCGCUUUCAAAUGGGAUGCUGUGUGUGCUAGCACAAAGAGUUUAACACAAUUUUUGGCUAUCUCAUCGUAUUUGCGCGAUGCGUUUUACGACCUUGAUACCGAUUACCUGGCGUCCUUCCAAGACCCCAAGAAACAUAAAGGCAUGAAGGGUGACGCCAAGGCAGCGGCUGCUUUCGAAAAGUUGAAAAAGGAGCUUCCAUCGUCCGUCGAGCUUUCCGAAAUUGAUGUUCCUGCUGCUCGGAACUGGUACCGCGCAGCACCUGGCGAAUGUGGAAUUCUCCGGAUCUCUGUUGACGCUUCGUUGACGCGCGUCGCGUGUUUCGUUGUGCAAAAACAAAAGAUUCGCGACCGAUAUGUCAACCGCCUGGUCCUAGCCAUGUCCCGCAAGUUCUCCAAGGAGGCCAAGAAGCGCGUUGGCAGCCACUCCCUCCACGUGGAGAUUAAGGCCCUCGUCUUCUUUGUGCGCGCAGUCCGGGCGAAAUUGCCAAAGGCCGCAUAUGUGUUGCAUUUUGACAACUCGGUCUUGUCUCUCAGUCAGCUUUGGUCGGUCUGUGCAAACGGGACGAUUAUGCGUUCACUUUUAUCGUCCGUUACCGAAGUCCUUACGGCGCUGUCGCAGGACGAAUCAUAUUUGGUUAAUGUCGGGAGAGACGGCAACAUCGCCGACACAGGGACGCACCAAAAACCGCUCCCUGAGGACGUGAAGCGGGAACGUUUCGAAGAUUUAGUGGACCUCAUCAAACAACUCUACGGGAAAGACAAACUCGCCAUCCCGAAAGUCGAGGCCCCAGCAAAUGAUGAUGCCCCUCGUCCUCUACUUGCUAAGCGAUACGCUUGCCUUUGCAGCGCUUCUGUUGCCUACCACGACCAGUCUUGCGGCGCCCUCCUGUCGAAUGGGCUCUCUGCUUUCCGAUACGGCGCCCAGUUGUGCGCAACACACGCAAUUCGCAAGUCGUACCUCCAGGCUAACGUUCCGACCAGGCACCUUUUCCGCUUGAGAGAGCCAGGUCAACUCGACGCACUUUCAAGGUACAGUGUCCAAAUCACUUUCCCGUCUACAGCAGCAGAUGUCGUCUGUGCCCCUCCGCUGUUGGUUUGUUCGGUAGAAGAACUCGAACAAGGCUUCGAAUUGGUAGUAACGGCUGUUGGUUCCAAAAGCGUGUCCGUUACCCCUAAGGUCGUGGUGACAUGUGUUACUUCCGGUGUCCGGGUCACACCCCGGUUUCUCGUCGUGGUCCAGAUUGAGAACUUCGAGCACGCCGACGCCAGUCCGGAGCACUCGCUGUUAGAGCCGGAGUUGCGCCUGAACUUGCUCGAAUACCGAACCAAGCUCACUCAGGGCGCGUCGGAUGAGGAAGUCGAGCGGAAAAUUGAAGAGCGCCUCCAGAAAGCUCGCAAUCGCAGCCGCCUCUCCUAUGAGGAUUGGCACGCCUCCACAGCAUCACUGUUGAUGGAGCGUUUCGACAAGACAUUGCCUUUACUUGUAAAGUGUAUCGUUGUCAAGUCUUGUCUGGUUUUGGGUGAGGCUUUGUGGACGGAAGGAGUAGAGUUCCCAACAAUCGAAAUCGCUCGCGCGUACCAUCCAAUCAAGCCCAACUACACAAAUUGGGGACGUUUUCGGAAAAUCCAGCUGGAAGGAAUCCUCGCCAAGAUUUUGGACUUCCACAGGCAGGAGAUGGUUCUGGAAGGCCUGCUUGCUGAUUAUCUCCCUUUCGUGCAUGGCGUUCCCGCCCACGUCAGCAGUAUGUUUUUGGCUGUCCGGUUACGAGACAUACUUGCGCGACUCAUAUGCGAGGCGGUAGAACUAAACAAGGGCUUUAUGUCGGCCGUAAUGCCGCUCUUCGCCUGUGCUGACGUGUGGAAACAAGUCUUGCUGGCGCUGCAGAAGACCUCCGCUUCUGAGUACUUGUCGUUGCGUUCUUCGCCGAGUAGCUCGUCUUCAUUGGGCGCGAAACGAGGAGUUGUCGUCGACAAGCCUACUGUCCCCCUUGAGUUGCCUUUAAAACGACCAGUCUCACUGUACGUUUUUCGGGUCAAAUCCGACGCGCAAGAUUCGAUUGCGUUGACCCUUGCGCCGAAACGGUCUUUCCCGCCGGAAGGACGACGUGACUUGCGUUUCCGAGGAGUGUCUGAGCAGGACGCGCCUUACUUCAGAUUCCAGCGUAUACUCCGUACCCUUUUCGCGCCUGCUGUCCACCCUCCCCGGCCUUGCAACUUCGUGGUUUACGACCUUGUAGCUGGAGCUGACAACCGAGAAGAAUGGGAGUCACUGGCUAGUCGACGAGGUGGUUAUCGUGUCGACAUGAUCCCUGCGGGACGCGUUUGUUUUCCAGGGUUCCCAGUAGCCGGGUUUGAGUGUAAGAAUUGCGUCCUUACUCACAUCGAUGGAUGCGCGAAUUUUUACACGUGUGGGCGAACGGGCGUUUCAGCCGACGAUGUUAAACGACAAGCUGCUGGUCCUUCGGCACCUGAGCAUCCGCCUCUAGAUCCAGACGAUGCCCUUCCGCCUAGCCUACCGAUACCUGACGAAAUUGCGGUCCAAGACCAAGAAGAAACAGCUCCGGAAGCGACCCGUGAGGAGUAUGACCGCAAUACACGCCAAAAGCAAAUGAAUGACUUAUGUGCGUCUAUUUGUGACGGACUGCCUCCAGACUGCACCGGCCGAUACUCUGCACCUUCUCCCGAGUACGCUGUAUGGAUGUCGUUGUAUAAACUUGCAUUCCCCGAAAGUAGGCUCCAAUCAAUCGAACAAAUCCUUGUCACAGACGGACGAAACGAAGUAGCGAAUUUCCACGUGGAGAUACAGGAGACCGUCCUUCGUAUUGCCAUGAUCCGAAACGAUACCAUCAGGUAUUUCGGAUGCGUCCUUCCAGGACUCGUUGCGCUCCGUGGUUCUGGUGUCGACUGUGCGGCGCACACGCUGUUGAUCAGUUUUAAGCACCAGCCAACCUUGUACGCAAACCUCCCGCCAACGGUCUGCCACUCACUUCACGCCGGAUCUCGGCUUGAGCUCCCUCACAUUUACGAGCUCGAAGACGCCCGAGCACGGGGAGUGCCUGAGACUGGGUUUGCAGGAGUGCUCCGCGCAAACCGUACGAAACGCGGGCAGCGUACGACAGAAAGAAUUCUUCGUCAACUUAUAGCGGAUGCAAAACGGUUCGCAUUCCAAGGCGGCCUCCUGUUAGUCCAUCGGGCGCAUAAAGGAUGGCUCUUAUGGGUGCCUAACGCUGUUGUCGAGGAAUGCCUGGGUCUUGAAAAAGUCUGUGUCUUACGGCGGAUACUGGACUACUUUCACACACAGAAAGACCAUUGCGGUCCGCUUGCCGUCUGCCGGUGGAUGGAAUCCAGGCGACUACACCACGACGAUAUUUUGCGGCAUGCCCGGGAUUUAGUGGCUUUCUGUUUCGAGUGUCUCAUGACCCGUUCAGCAGUCCCCAGCCUAGGUUUGCCUAGGGGAGACAAAGCAACGACGCUGUGGCCGGGACGGACCUUGUUUAUCGAUUACAUGACGCACUUGCCGAGGUCGUCAAUGGGCAAUACGUCAAUUUUCACAGCUGUCGACGCAGGCGGACCCGUUCUUUGGGCCACGGCUUUGCCAGCAGCCACUGCUAAGGCAGCGGCUAGGGAAGUCACAAAUAUCAACAAAUAUGCGGAGUGGGGCGGCUAUGAACUUAUAAGGUGCGAUAACGGAACGCACUUCCUAGAGGAGUUCAAAGAUGAGCUUCAGUUUUUACAUACAGAAGAACUUUCAAAGAACGCGCCGGAGACCCGACAUGGCGGCUGUUGGCAGCCGACUGCCCAAGCUGUUGUUGAGACCCCCCAUGCCGAGAUCAAUCACGGAUUCCGAACGGCAUUGUUCACCGCAGACUGCUUCGUGCGCUCAGCAGAAGGCAUGCUCGAAUUUCAAGAAGACCUUGCUGUCACAGAUUUGCAGAAUGAUUCUUCCUGGGAUACGCGGUUGCAGGGCAUCGUCCGCCGCCUCUGCGAUAGGCCCCGCUUGUCGGACGGCGCUAGUAACCUCGUAGCGUACCGCGGCCGAGGUCUUCGCGUACAGGCCGCAGAGCCGCAUCUGUUGUGCGUCCCGGUCACCGACCCUGCGCCCGCCGAGAUUGGAUCUUCGUUGGCAACAGCUCUUUGUCGCACAGUUGCGGAGCGCAGAGCCCAGAUGGAUGCAGCUAACGUUGUAAAGCGUAAGCAGAGAAUGGGCGAUGUGAGAAACGACCUUUCGCUCUGGUUGCGCAAGGGCCAAUUCGUUGCACGAUUGAGGCCUUCUCCCAAGAAGUGGGAGCCAAAAUUUAUUCGCCAAUUUUUUGUAAUUGCGAAGGCAGCGACAAAUUCGGCAUACAUCGAACGGCUCGACGGUCGGACAUACACGGGCUUUAAUCCGAUAUCGGUCAGCCAGAUUGUGCCGAUCUCAAUGGCUCUUUCCGCUACGCGUGCAUAUCUGGUAGGCAACGGAUUAAGUAACGAAGAGGUCAACAAACAGCUUCGCCACCUCUUGGCACUUGGCGUUGUAUACAUUCCUGAAAAUGCUGCGAUCUCCGAGCUCAGAGAUGCAGACACAGCGGCAGGAGACAUGUUCAAAACGUUCACAAACGAAGCGGGUACGAUUGUUGGCGUCUGGAACGUGGAUGGCCUCAACCGGACGCUCGAGAAUUUCAGCCGAUGGCGACGCCUUCAGCUUCUCUUGCGAACGACGCACAUCCUUUUUUUGCUUGAAACUAAAAUUUCGAAACGAGAAGAACAUCGUUGGACAGUUGCACUGUUGGAACUCGCUAACAAAACGUGUCACCACGAUUGGAGUGUUCAUUUCGCAAGUUCGGUAAUGCGCCCCGGUAACUUCGGCGUCGCAGUCCUUGCUCGUCGAGCUACACAGGCGUCACUCGAAACCGGAGUCUUGCGUAGUACGGCAGUUACCGACGAUUAUGACGCUGCAAUCGAAGGACGAGUCGUCACGGCGUCGACUCCGAGCCACACAUUUGUAGGCGUUUACUCGGUGAACUCACGGGCUGGACUCCGACGGAUAAAUACGCGCGAAAUGUUCGACAACCGCUUGUCAGAGUAUCUGUGUGGUUUACGGGAUGAUGUCGGACGGGACCGCCCGAUUGUUGUUCUCGGAGAUUUCAAUGCAUUGUUUGACCUCAGUGCAGCGGGCAUUUCGCCGAAGGCACCAAGAACGGAUGAAAACGCAGAAACAAUUCCAAGCUUGACGGAGCAAGAACAUCAUUUAUUUCACUCAGUCCUCGCAUUAACGCAUUUUCGGCGAGUUUCUGCAACACAGGUUGACAGAAAGGACGGCUGCACAUACACGCUCACCCCACCUCGCUGCGAUCCAUCGAUCGGCUUUUCAUUGGACCACUUGCUUAUCCAUGGUGCCGUGCGUCGGGGACCGUCACUACAGUCCCGCUUUAGAUUUCUUCGACCCACGACUUGGGAAACGCAAACUCCAGAACAAGAACCGCUAGAACUAGCAGUCUUGCAACCGGUGUAUAGCGAUCACGGGUCACUCAUCACAUCUGUGGGACACUAACAUCUCAGGGAUGCCGAAGAGGCGUUGGUCAAGUUUAUGAGACACGUCCUCCCUGAGAUGUCAAGUUGUGGGGUCACCAACAGAUUGUAGAUGAGAUGGCGCGCUACGAUCCACACAGAAUGUACACGAGUGACGAAUGCAAGAAUUUCUGCAACAAUUUCAAUUCGAAAUACGGUUCCCUGCACUCGUGAACUGCGAAGAAAGACUCGUUCUCUGUUUGGAAUUCCUCGUCUUUCUUGUUUGACUGUGAUAGAGGAGUAGAUUGUAGGUGCUGUUAGAUCACUCCAUCGUAGCUCUUCGUCUUUUCACCGUUAGAGAUGGUUGUUGCCCGCCCUUCCGACGGUGCAACCACGUAGAUUGUGUUGGAUUGUAUCAUCACAAAGGCAGUAAGUGCGUUCGCCUCUUCCGUUUGGAUUCUCAUGCUUUCUUCCCAUCCAACACACAGGAGCUAAAUACUUUCGCACGGUUGCUGUCUAGCCCGCGCUACCUCUUGAGACAUUUUUUUAUUGAUAGAUAUAUAUCGUUCCACAUAUUUGAUAUCCAUACUGGCUUCACAUAUUGUCAACUACAUAACUUGCAGUUACUCCGUUUACCUAGUUUUCAGAUCGUUUGUUGUUCUUCCUUAUUGAUUCGAUCUAGGCACGGUGUCGCGCAUAGAGUUCAUAGAGACGCGACCUCUGCGCGCCUCUUGAGACGUAGAUAUACUCACCAGCUGUGAGUAUAUUCUUUUAGGUGUCCUCUCGAGACCACGUUCCUUUCGGUACCGUCAACAGUUAGUCGCAUAUUCGCUACCACUCAUAUCACGACAUAGACUUUGCACACACAACCGAGCCCUAGAGACGAUUAGAUAGAGCGUUUAGGUUGACCUCCGCAACCUUGGUGUUUUUGGAUUGCCAAGUGACACGACCGCUUUCGACAUCUUCAAACGAUCGUGUAUCUCGAGAUUCCAUGACUAGGGAGUUAGGUCGACCUCUGCGGCCGUAUUUUGGGUAGUAUUUUUCCAGACGCAACUCUCUCUCGAAACGUUGCUAUUCUCUCAUUUUCUUGAUGCCUCUUGUUCGCCUGUGGUCCAACUGUCGAUCAGAGUCCUGUCUUGUGCUGAGAGAUUGAGGUUCGGGUAUACUCUUGGUUUUCUGUCUAGGUGAUCCCACGUUCUUUUCAGACCCUUGGAGGGCGAGUUACUUUCACUUCCCCACUAGGCACCUUCAUUCACUCAUUUGCGCACUCAUUUAUUCAUUCGUUUACUCACUCAUUCUGUCACUCACUCUGUCGCUUACUCACUCACUCACUGACUCAUCCAUCCACUCACUCACUCACGCACGCACGCACGCACGCACUCUAAUCUCAGAAGUUAUAGGACCCAAAUACGUUCCGUGGUUUCCAGGGAACAUGAGAGAGUUGGACCAAUGCGUCGUUGACACUAUCGGAGGAGGUGAAGGCCUCAUCGCCGCAGACCAUCCAGGAUUUAAAGAUGAAGUCUAUAAGAAUUAAGAAUGGAUUUUUCAAAGAUCUUGCUAGUGCGAGUGCAUUAGAAUUGAUUCUAAGAAUGGGACAUUAAGAGAUCCAGUUUGGGGAUGCAAGUCAAUCAAUCAAAAACUAGUGUAACGUGGGAGGGCGAAGUCUAUAUAUAAGAAUAUAUAAUGGAUUCAAGGACAAAGACGUGGACGAAGUGUAUAAGAAUUUUUAAGAAUGGUCGCGUGUUGACGAUGUGGCAAACUUAGGUUUGCUGCUUUAACUUGCGGCUAUUUAAUUCAGGAUCGCUCUUCGUUCUAAGUAGCCCUAUAAUUUUGAUUACCAGGCGAAGAAUCACUACCGACCAUGCUAAUAAAAGCGCCGCCUCGAAAUCGCAGCCCAAGCCACAAGCUAUCGCUAUGGAGAGAAGAUUCCUCAUACUGAGUAUACGGAAGAGGAGGUACUAGAUACCGUUGCUUUCUGCCAUCUUCUAGAUUACACCACCGAAAGAACAUAAUCGCGAUUCACGUGGUUCCUGUUCCACCUUGUAUGUAAUCGUUACAUCUCAUCUUUGAUGUGAUAAACUGUCUGUCUCUGACUACUCUCUGCGCCGAUGAUAAAGUUUAACUUUUAAUUUCUCGACUGUACAUGAUUUCAUCACUGUGAUAAACUUUUCAGGUAAAAGUAUGGAACGCAGUGUACGAGCGCUUAACAACGCUACACCGCGAAUUCGCAUGUGACGAGUAUAAUACCGUCUUCCCAGAAUUACGGCCUUAAAUUUAAUCCAUUUCAUUAUUCUUGGUCACACUUGAUAGAGGGCAGCGGAAAAAUUUGAGUAGCUGCACUGGCCAAAUUUUGGCGCUUCCCACUGUGCUCGUCCCGACCGCCGUAUGUAUCGCCGUGCUGUUUCACGCGUCUUGUCUGGGGGGAAGACGCUGCGCGUCCCGCUCUUCUUUCUGAAGAGCCGGCCCCAGGGAUGGCACUCGAAGUUCUCGAGCUUUGAGACAGUUCGCGGAUAUUUUUGCGUAGCGUUACUCACAACAGGCCCCAAAAGCCGCGGGCCUUUGAGGCCUGAAAGUCUCAGACCUUAUUUUAAGGCUUUUCCUGAGUAGAGGGCUUUUGAGCGAACAACUCCAGCAGGCCCUACUCAAUGAGUAGAGCUACAGGAAAACCCUCUCGAAAGCCACUGGCUUAUCAGAACGGUUUUCAAUUUGAGGAUCUGACGCUCUCGCUCACGCGACAAAUUAGAACUUAAGGCUUUCACUAUCACUCCUCAAAAUAAAUCCACUGGUUUUUGAGGGUUGCUCUGAGUAGCCGCACUCAAGAAAAGCCUCAAGUUCAAUUUUGUGGUUUUCAAUCCUCAAGAUCCACUGGCUUUUGAGGGUUGUUUUGAAUAGCGCUACGAAAAAAAGAACCUCAAGUGGGGUUUUUGCGUUUUGGUUUUUAAUCCUCAAAAUCCACUGGUUUUUGCAGGUUGUUUUGAAUAGCGCUAUGAAAAAAACAAGAACCUCAGGUGGGGUUUUGGUUUUCAAUCCUCAAAGUACGCUGUUUUUGAGGGUUGUUUUGAAUAGCGCUACGCAAAAAAGGCUCCAAAUUUCAAGUUGAGACUUUCGGGCGGCUUGUGGAGUUAGUGCGUUGCUGGCGCUCGCUUGUCGAUUGUUCUCGUGCCAGUUCCUUCAGUAGAGCCACUCAAGUUUUUGCGCCCGUUUUCGAGUGCUUUCCGCGAGUCAUGAUCCACUUUUUCGCCCAUCUGUAAACUGUUUCCAAGUAGAUAAAUGGACACAGAUGGCGCAGGAGAUGGAUUGUAGUGCGUUCUAACAGAAUUGGCGCAAGAGGCGGGCUAUGGUCCUAGACAAAUACCGCAACUUGGCGAUAUAUCGGAGUAUUGUAAAUUAAGGGCUGCAACAAGAAGUUGCCCUAUCUACGCGGGUAUCUAUGGCCCGUAUGCUUAUCUCAAGGGAGAAAAGGGUAGAAGAUUAAGAUCUGAAUCAUGCUCCUUCUUCUAUGUGAGCUAAGGAUAGAAAAUUGCAAUCCCUAAGUAAAAGUAAAACCGGAUUUCAAUUAAGGCCAGUUGCAGGUUUACUCAGCGCGAGGGACUUCCUGAACGCCCUUGCUUUUCGGACGUUUUGCUCGACACAGUACUUGCAAAUAUUUACUAAUAAAUAUUGAGUAACUGAUAUUUAUACUAGUUUCCUUUUCCACCUGCCACUACAAUUAUUGGACACUUAAGCGAUUUCCAUGCUCCUGCUGUGCACGUGGCUUUUUUCAUUUUAUGGACGUAGACACCCUCACCCACAAACAAGCUAAUUACAUUCGUCUCAUAGGUAUAUUCGUCAUGGUGGUAAUCCGUUCUACACGCCAGAACCUGAUAUUUGUCAUGAGCUGAUAGUUAAGGCUAUCUUGACGGUGGGAACUUAAAAGAGGGGCGCUAUCAAGGAAUUUUCAAGCGACCCCCCUUUCAUGACCCCCGAGAAGGAAGCUCUAAGAUAGGUCACGUGCCUCUCCUCGCGGACCCCGACUUUGCAGAUUUCACCCAGAGAGUGGGCUUGGCAUCACUCGGUAUGAUAUUGAAUAACGAUAAGUAUUCCAGUAAUUAAAUUCACAAAAACAUAGAAUAUAAGAAACGCAGACAUACGCAUAGAAACGCAAUCAACAUCUCCCCUCAGGUGCUUCCGAUGAGGAGAUAGUCAAGCUGGCUUCGAUUUACUGGUUUACUGUAGAAUUUGGUUUGGUCCGCGGUCAGGAUGGAAAAGUUAAGGGUCGUAGGCCUGUUGCCCUUUGUUUUGACACCACUAAGUCAAAACAUAAGUGUUUCUGUUGCCGUUUGUUUUGACCCUCCUAAGGUUGAAAAGAGGAUAAGGUUGAAGAACGGGGAACAAAAACACCAAGACCCUACCUCUAAAUAAGUGAAAGCUAUGGGUGCAGGGAUUUUAUCCUCAUUCGGGGAAAUGGAAUGGGCUGCAGCUGAAAAGCCAAGUGAGGAAUGCUUAUGGCAGUUAUUGACGAUCCCUAACCUAACCUAAUCAGUAACCUAACCUGAUCCCUAACCUAACCUAACGAUAGCCAAGUAAGGAUCCCUAACCUAACCUAAUUAUUUGUUUCUUUUUCUAGUAAGGGGUCGAUUGCAAUUUGCUCCUGUUUUUAACUGAAGAAAGGUGCUGAUUGAUUUCAUUAUAUGGGUAGUUUCUCUCACAAACAUAUUCAAAUGUUUAUUAUGGCUGUGAACCACAGACCAUACGAUCUAGGUGACAUUUUCUUGGUCCUUCAUGAAAUACAGGGCUAGUUUUACAGUAGUUGUAGUUGUCUAUACUAAAAUGAAUAUCUAUUUUUCCUCUAAGAAACAUAAUUGAACCUGAACAUAUUACCCUAAAUGUUGAUUAUUGGCGUAGGCGUUGCCCUAUCCCUUCUAAGACAGAGGAUAAGUGGGGGAAUCGCUCGUGAUUAUCCUGACCUGAUGAACCCGAAAGUGGUCGACUUCGACCCACGCGCGGCAGCAGUGCAGCCCUAUCCGAUUACUACUUACCUUAUGUCCCCACAUCAAUACAGAACGAGAAACUUCUACUGGAUUUUGAUAUAGAUAAGUACAAUCAUAUACUACCGUUAGACUUAGAGAAGGAGAACAAGGAGGAUCCAUGUCUUUCUAUUUCCCCAUCUACUCCUUGGCAGGGAGUCUGUCUAUGUAAAUGAGUAGUUGAUGUUGAGUUGCCUCUCCUCUUCUAUGGAUUUGACCUGAAGUUGCCUCUCCUUUUCUAUCUAUUUGAACGAUUUUGAGUUGCCUGCUUUCUUCUUCUUUCUAAUUUGAAGCCUAUUUUCUUCUGUGGUGAUUCAGUGGAGAGCGUGAAGGAGAAAAUAAGCACUUAUUGUGAUGGCAUGGAGCGUAGUUUCCAUCCGGUGUAUGAUACAAUUACUUAUGGCCAAAGAGGACUUAUACAUAGAUUCUUAUAUUAGUACUAGUUUUCAUUCAGUGCAGCAUGGACCCGUAUUUAUCGUAAUAUUGUUAUAGUUUAUUUCAUCCAGUGUAUGUGAUUGUGAAUCAUGUGUGUUAAUAAAACUACUGCAAAAAUUGACUACUUGAAGAAAUGAGCUGGCAAAGGCUUCAUCUUCAAGAAAUCUGAAUCUCCUUCUGCUCGAAGUGCUGCUUGUUGUUGUUGAAAAAGUAGAACUCAGAGAGCAUUGAUAUUAUUUUCUCGUCCCCAAGUAUUAAGCUUCUAAUCACAUCAGUCGGUCCAACCAUCCCGACAUAUUCGGAGGCUUCGGCGCUCGAGUACGGCUGAUAUGCAGGCCCAAAAGCAAAAGGAGUACUUUGCCAAAUUAGCGGAGAGCAAAAAUUAAGACUUUCCCUUAUUCAUCUUCGGGAGCAUCUCACAGACGUUCGCAAGGGGGAAACGGUUGCAGGAUGAGUCUCGAGAUGGAUAAGGAUGAGCUCUAAAAAAGGGAAUUCGCGGAAGGGUCUAGUGACGAGCAAACAGCCUCCUAGUCCUAGAGCUCAUGACGAUAUCUUAAAAAGUAGGGGAGAAGGAGCAUCUCUUGUUGUGGUUGUGUAUGCAAAAGGAAAUGAAGAUAGUAGAAGCGACAUCCAAAAUUAUUAUUAUCUUACCUGAUGUGUCAUCGGUUUCGAUGUUGUGACGCCUCCAAUUUUCAUCAUACUGGUAUUUAUUAUCUUUAUCUGCCUCUCCCUCUCGGAAGAUUCACUACGAUGUAUUAGAAUCAGCAGGAUUUGCUAAAAACAAGAACAACACCUCACAUAAUCUACGAACACUAAGUAGCAGAGCUUUGUAAUACAUUUGCAAUUAAUUCUAUCUUCAUCAACAGGAUCCUCAUGAGUUGCGCUGGUGUCAUGGUCAUCGAGUUCGAGACCUUAGUGUUUAUCCAAUCUGUCACUAUCAUGCAUGAUAUUUCUUUGUACUUCUGAUAGCGAACCGCAUUGCAUAAUUCUAAGAGUGUUUGAUACAUGAAAAAAAAAAUUGUCACACUGCUCCUCGUUCACCGAUUAGCGAGAGCGUGCACACCUACAUGGGACGCAUCUUGUCAUAGAAUCAAGAAGCGGAAGCGCCUGCCACUUUCUUAGUUUGUUCUGAACAGAUUACUUAAACCUCACUUACUUACCAGAAAACCGCUAGAAACAGAAAAAAAAUGAAAAUGCCUUCAAGCGUUAACCCAACACCGCGCCCCCCAUUAAGAGCGGGGCACAGGCCCCACUGUAAUAGGAAGACCACGAGAGCGCCCCGGGCGCUUGCUUCUGGAGCAAGCGGACGCCUUUCCCCGGUCCCGCCCGAUGGUCGUCGGACCCUGAGGAGCGGCCUCUCGGACUCCUUGCCUCGGUGGGCUUGGCGCUCCUCCUAGCAGUGAAAGGCGCCCAUCUUCGUCGCACCUUGGUCAGAAAGACCGGGGGGCGGCACUGGAGCAGGGGCGCCGGCUUCUGCCUCGGGGUGUCCCUUGGCGUGGUGCAUCGGCUGAAGGUGGCGGCCAGCCUCCCCUUAAACGUCCUCGAAAAGCGUGCGGGAAAAAAAAAAAAUUUGGGCACCAAAGGGGGCCAACCCACUUGGCCUUGUCUCUUUUCAUUCUAGCGCUUCGGACGCGAUUAGGAUCCCCAUUCUAGCGCUUCGGAAGACCCCCGUUGCGCCACCGCCUUUGGUCCCAUUCUAGCGUUUCGGACGGGGCUCGAGGUGAAGCGCCUAGCCGCCCGCCAGAGCGCCCCAUGAAUGCGGGUUGACAUUACUAAGUGCCUGACGAUCUCUCUGCCAAUGCGCUACCAAGUGUUCAGAAUGUGCGAGUUGGCGCAUUCCUGGAGACUCCAGACGCAUCGAUCGCGGGGGCCCUCCCAUUUAUUGGGCGCCCUCCCUCUGGUGUUCGGGUCUUGUUGCUGGUCGGUUGGCGCUGGCAAAUCGUUGCGGCUUGCUGGUAGAGCGGGGCAAGCUCGUGCGCAGUGGCCCUUGGCCCGCGCGUGGAGCAGGGGGAACUCAGAAACGCAGCAGAGGCGGCUCCGCCUGAGUGAUCGGAUCAGCCUGCAACGCGCAGGGCGAGUCUCAAAAUGCAUUUUCAGCCUUUUUCUGUUUCUAGCGUGUGACACUGAGGCUCUCUGACUUCAGUGACUGAACCACUUCACUUCAGUGACUGAACCAUGCAUACUUCACUUCAGUGACUGAACCAUGUAUACUUCACUUCAAUGACUGAACCAUGUAUACUUCACUUCAAUGACUGAGGUAUGUAUACCGAUAACUCCUCCAUUGGGCUUCUAUGUAUAGAAAUAGAUUCGCAAGACCAGGGUCAGUUGUAUUUCCAGUGCCAUGGAAUUGAAGUAUAGCAACUUUGAAGAUUUCGAUUUUAGAAAAUUCGAUUUUGAAGAUUAAGAUUUAUGGCGCCACAUUGUCGCUAUACUAGUCAAUGAAGAGACGGUCCUAACGCAAAAAAAAACUACUACGGGUGCUACAGACAGCACUAUCAUGGACGCACACAUGACGUGGCUGCUGGUCUGAUUCGUAUUCACAUGGCACCAGAAAAAAAUACAAACGCAAAAAUUAUCCGAGUUCCGGACAUGUGCUUGGUAGAGG